CCUGAGCGGUCGCCCUCCUCCCCGAUGGCCGCGCCGGUGACGCGGCAGGUCAGCGGCUGCGCAGGUCGGGUCCCGAGCCCGGCCGGCUCGGUCACAGAGCGCGGGCAGCCGCUAGCGGCCGCCGUAGCGGAGCUGCCCGUGCUGGACGCGUCUGGGAGACGGGUGACGUUCGGAGCGCUGUUCCGAGAGCGGCGAGCCGUGGUGGUGUUUGUGAGGCAUUUCUUGUGUUACGUCUGUAAAGAAUAUGUCGAAGAUCUGGCCAAAAUCCCCAAGAGCUUCCUCCGAGAAGCAGAUGUCACCCUCAUAGUGAUUGGACAAUCAUCAUACCAUCAUAUUGAGCCUUUCUGCAAACUGACUGGAUAUUCUCAUGAAAUCUAUGUUGAUCCUGAGAGAGAAAUUUACAAAAGAUUGGGAAUGAAAAGAGGUGAAGAAAUUUCCUCCUCUGGACAGAGCCCCCACAUAAAGUCCAACCUGCUCUCGGGAAGCCUUCAGAGCCUGUGGCGGGCAGUCACUGGCCCACUUUUUGAUUUCCAAGGAGACCCAGCUCAGCAAGGAGGAACCCUCAUUUUAGGUCCAGGUAACAACGUCCACUUUGUGCACCGAGACAGGAAUAGGUUGGAUCACAAACCCAUAAACUCCGUUUUACAGCUUGUGGGGGUUCAGCCCGUGAACUUCAUGAGCAGACCUUCAGUCAUCCACGUGUGACUUCACGUGGCAUCUUCCACUUGUGAAUGCCAGGCACCAUGGCUUCAUGGGGCUAUGAAACACAGAGCUUAUGUGCCUAUAGAACUACAUGCUGAGGGGCAUCAGCUGUUAGAAAUGGAACAGACAGUUUAAAUUUUAUAGCUUCUAUAAUUUUAUACAAAAUAUAUAAAAGUCAAACAUUAUAAAACUAUUACCAUUGUUAGUAUCAUUUUGUGAAUAUCCACUCAAUAAAAGAUUUUUAGCAACUAAAAUAUAAGAAGGGGGUGCUGGAAAGAUCACUCAGUGGUUAAGAGCACUUGCUUCUCUUGCAGAGGACCAGGACCCAGGUUUGGUUCUCAAAACCCACAUGUUAGCUCUCAAUUGUCUGUAACUCCAGUUCCAAUGGAGCCAACACCUUAUAGCCUCUGGUAUACAUGCAUAUGUGCAGGCCAACACUCAUACACAUAAAACAAUAAGUAAAUCUUUUAAGAAAUACAUAUGUGUGUAUGGGAACGAGAAGCAAAGAAGGGGCCAGAUAUGAUGGCACAGGCUUGUAAUCCUAGCCCUGAGAAAUGGAGACAAGAGUCAGGCCUGAGCUAUCUAGAGAGAGCCUUUCUGAGAAAAAGUCAGUUAAUGGCAGGGAGGAAUACAUAAAGGGAAAGAAAAGCAAUUCAAAAAAGUUAUUCUGUAAACAAUGUAGCCAGAGAUGUAUAUAUACCAUUUUUUUUUUUGUAUUCUUGGAGAAAAAAAUGGUAAAUAAACACAGAACAACUAUAUGUGUCUGUGGUGAAAAGUAUCAGUAUUUCUGCUUGCUUUCCAAGCUCUGUGUUUCUCAUGCUCUCUCAUAAGCUUGGCUGUGUUGGGAGUGGGUCAGGAAAGAAUCUUUAAACAUUAAAGUGAAAAUGCCUGCCUACAUUAAACUUCUUUGGAGGUGCAGGUGAUUUCUUGCACAGGGGUUACCUCCCAAGUGAAGAUUCAUUGAACCUCUUACAGGCAGCAGGCACCUGCUACCUAUUGCCCUAAGCUUGUUUUGGUGAAAUAAGUUGAAGGAAAUACUUGGUUUGGUUUGAUUUGGUUUGGGGACUGUGCUGGGAAUAAAAAACAAAGUUUUUAUGCAUGUGAGCACAUUCUGUUAUCACUGAGCUACAUCCCCAGCCCUGAUCAUAUUUUAAAUAUCUAGGUCAAAGGGUACCUAGAAUAUAUAUAACUCUAGAUUCUUCUCCUAGUGCACACACAAACACACAACACAUUCUGCUUUUUAAAAGGCAAUAUUAAGAUUUUUUUUUAAAACCUCUGUAAUGAAAAUGUAUGUUGUGUGAUUGAUUGGGUAUGUUAGCCCACACUCAGGAUCUCAGCACAGGCCGAGGCAAUAAGACUGGGGUAGAUACUGAGUUCCAGGCCAGUCUAGGCUAUAUAUUGUGAAAUUGUGUCUCAAAAAUAACAAAAAGAAGUGUGCAGCCAGAUACGGUGAUGCACGAGGAAGCAGAGUUAGGAGGGUCUCUGUGAGUUCCUAGACAGCCAAGGGCUACAUAGAGAGACACUGUCUCAAAAUCAAAACAAAGACAAAUGUGCAUUGGGUUAGGUCGUACAUUCAUAAACAUCUGCAUUUUUUCACCCCAGAUCUGUCUUAUUUGGAAAACUAUUUUCAUAUUUUACCUUUCAAAAAUCUUACUUUUGUCCCAGAAGUUCUCAUGAAAUGUAUCAUAAAAUCAAAUCACUGGUAAUCCUUAGUAACUGUAGUACUACUAGGACCUUAUACUUUUAUAUAAAACAUAUUAAGGCACAAAACUGUAUUUUAAUGUACUUUUACACGAGUAUAUA